AUGGGGGACAAGCCAAAGCUCGACAUUCCCACCACUACCACAUUGCCUCUUCAUGUAAACAUGCUUCAAAACGUAGUUGGCAACAGUAAUAUUGAACAAGAACCUCUCCUACUGCACAGCUACAAGAGAAGCUUCAAUGGCUUUGCUGCAAAGCUAACAGAGGAAGAAGCUCAGAAAAUGGCUGGAAUGGCUGGUGUGGUGUCUGUUUUCCCUAGUGGGAAGAAGAAGCUCCACACAACAAGGUCAUGGAACUUCAUCGGGUUUCAUGAAAACAUGAAGAGAAGCACUGUUGAAAGCGAUAUCAUCGUUGGGAUGAUCGACUCGGGAGUUUGGCCGGAAUCUGCCAGCUUCAGUGAUGCCGGGUUCGGUCCACCACCCAAAAAAUGGAAAGGCACAUGCCAAGGCUCAUCCAAUUUUACUUGCAACAAUAAAAUCAUUGGAGCACGGUAUUACCGCAAUAGUGAACCCUUCGUCAAAGGUGACAUCAAGUCUCCACGAGACUCGGGUGGUCAUGGAACUCACACUGCAUCAACGGCUGCAGGAAACUUAGUUAGCAAAGCAAGCCUAUUUGGUUUGGGGUCGGGGAGAGCAAGAGGAGGGGUCCCAUCAGCACGUAUUGCGGUGUACAAAGUAUGUUGGCCGAGUGAUUGUAGUGACGAUGAUAUUCUAGCGGCAUUUGAUGAUGCGAUCGCGGAUGGUGUCGACAUACUAUCGGUCUCCGUCGGAGGGCCUGAGGACGAUUAUUUCAGGGACUCAAUUUCCAUUGGAGCCUUUCACGCUUUAAGAAAAGGAAUUCUGACUUCCACUGCUGUUGGGAACAACGGUCCAGGCCCCAAGACCAUCGCAAACUUUGCACCAUGGUGCCUCUCUGUGGCUGCAACCACCAUAGAUCGGGAGUUUGUUACCAAGGUCCAAUUGGGUAACCAAAAAAUCUAUGAGGGAAUUGUAACAAACACAUUUGACCUCAAGGCCAAGUUCUAUCCUCUAAUAUUUGCUGGAGACGCACCCAAUAGGACAGCAGGCUACGACGAGUCUACAUCUAAGACAUGCGAACCAGGCACGUUAGACCACAAUUUGGUGAAGGGCAAGAUUGUUCUUUGCGAUGGGACGACUGGGUAUGGGGCCUAUUUUGCAGGUGCAGUUGGAGUUAUUUUGCAAAGCCGACCUGUUGCAGAUGUGCUUGACCCUUUUCCCAUGCCUGCCUCUUGCCUUGGUUUGGAUAGUGGUAACAGCAUUUACUAUUACAUUAACUCAACAAGGAACCCAACUGCAACAAUUUUUAAAAGUACUGAGGAUAUUGACACACUGUCCCCAUAUGUGCCAUCCUUCUCAUCAAGGGGUCCUAAUCCAGUCACUCCUAACAUUCUCAAGCCAGAUAUAGCUGCUCCGGGAGCUUCUAUUUUGGCAGCAUUUCCUCCAAUUGCCCCUGUUUCGUUUGUUCAAGGAGAUGACAGAGUAGCAUCAUACAAUUUCGUCUCAGGGACAUCAAUGGCUUGCCCACAUGCCACUGGGGUAGCUGCAUACGUCAAAUCAUUUCACCCCAAUUGGUCUCCUGCUGCUAUCCAAUCCGCUAUUAUCACCACCGCUAAACCCCUGAGUCCUGAUCUUAACCCUGAAGCCGAAUUUGCAUACGGAGCUGGCCAAAUUGACCCCGUUAGGGCUCCAUAUCCUGGUUUGGUAUAUGAUGCUACUGAACUGGACUACAUAGAAUUUUUGUGCGCACAAGGUUAUAGUACCAAAUUAUUGCAAUCUAUUACCGGGCACAAGAGUAGCUGCUCAUCAAAAACUAAUUAUGGAGCACUCAGUGAUAAUUUGAAUUAUCCAUCUUUUGCACUUUCCUCGUCUAAUCCAAACUCCAUCAGUGGGGUUUUCAAUAGGACAGCCACAAAUGUUGGAUCACCAAGGUCCACAUAUAAAGCUAAAGUGAUCGGUGCAACGAAAGGACUCGAAAUCAAAGUUAAUCCAAGCAUUCUAUCGUUCUCAUCUCUCGGGCAGAAGCUAUCCUUUCAGGUCACGGUAAAAGGGUCAAUUCAUCACAAAUCCAGUGUCUCUGCUUCUCUGGUGUGGGAUGAUGGUACUUUCCAAGUCAGGAGCCCCAUUGUUGUCUAUGCUAUAUAUUAA